UUUAAAUUUCCCCAUUAAUAUUUACAAUAUGCAGGAUAAAUGAAACAAUUUUUCUUAAAUUGUCUGAGAUCCUAAAUUGUUGAUAGACUAUAUUUGCUAUGUAAGAUGAUGUUUUAUGAAACCAUGAGCUACAGCAGUAUCCAUAUGCUGACCUUACAGGUAGAAUGAAAAUCUCUGUAUGCCACUAAAAUUCAAUAGCCAUGGCAGAAGACACCUGAGAGUGAGUACAAGAAAAGCAAAGUCAGCAGCUGGAUCUUGGUGCCAUAGCAGAUGAAUCAGUAUAAUAAAAUCUAAUAAUAAAUCACUUAAAGGCUGAUGGGUUUCUAUCAAACACUUUAAAUCAAUAAUACAGAAUUCACAGAGUGUAUUUAUUUUUAGUGUGAGAUGUUUGUAUUACAUUCAUUCAAAUAACCUAGGAAACUCGGUGUAAUAUGAUUUGCUUAAAAUCUUAAUGAAUUCACCCUCAUACAUCUCUGGAAAUUCCUGUGCCUGGAUCCUGAUGGUGUUGCAGAUCCAAGUCACCAUACUACUGAUAUCCCGAGUACUGAAAAGUGCUGCAGAGGGACAUCCAUGUUCCUCAUGGCUGAAGAGAGGAGGAAGGACGUGGUAAACAGGGAAGUGACUGACCUACAAAUGUAUUGGACAGCUGCUGCUGUUAAAGCUUUUGAAAUGGAAAUUAUACCUGCUGAGAGAAUUGUGGCACAGAUUGGAGACAUGCUCAUACUCACAUGCAAUACUACUGGCUGUGCAUCACCAAAUUUUUCCUGGAGAACACAGAUGGACAGCCCCCUUGGAGGAAAAGUCAGCAACCACAGGACAUAUUCUACAUUGACUAUGAAUCCAGUUAGCAUUGUGAAUUCUCAUUCUUAUCUUUGUACUGUCAUAUGUGAUGAUGGAGAGAAAAAGGAGAAAAAGGAGAAGAGUGUCAAAGUUGAACUUUACUCUUUCCCCAGUGAUCCUAUCAUUGAGAUCAGCCCAUCCUUAGUUGCUGGAGAACAAGCCACUGUCAUCUGUAGAAUUCCUGAUGUGUAUCCUUCUGAUCACCUGGAAGUUCUUCUAAAGAAAGAUGAACAUGUUCUUCAUAGGGAAGAUUUUCAGGACGAUGACAGCAUGAAUUUAGAGACCAAAAUUGUGACAUACACAUUUCAUCCCAUGGCUGAAGAUAUUGGGAAAGAGAUCACCUGUGUGGCCAGGUUACCAAUUGCUGAUAUGGAUUUUGAACCCAAAGAAAGAACAUCUUCUCAGAUGCAAAUUGUAAUACUUAAUGCAAAUUUUGGUCCACAAAAUACUACCAUUACUGCAUCUCCAAGCAACUUGCCAAUGAAAGGAGACUCUCUGAACCUCACUUGUGUGACUCAGAGUAACCCGCCAGCACAAAUAGUUUGGAGUAAACGUUCGGCUGAAGAAAGCAUUCAGCAUCUGAUAAAAAACAAUGUUCUUUCUAUUCCCCAUGUCCAUUUCAGUGAUUCGGGACAGUACAUCUGUGAAGUAAUUAAUCUGGUAACUAAUAAAACAGACAAAGCAACUGUGGACAUUAUUAUACAAGGUGCCCCAGUCAUUACAAAACUCUCCAUUGAACCUUCUACAACAGUUAAAGAAGGGGAAAAUGUUUCCAUACAAUGUUCUGCUGAGAGUAACCCUCCUCCCAAGAUUAUUUUAAGGAGAAAACCUGACAAUGCAAACAUGGGGCCUUACAGUAGCAGGCGUAUUCUUCUUCCAUCGGUGAUGUUCCAGAAUGCAGGAGACUAUGAAUGUAUGGCAGAAAAUGAGUUUGGGAACAGUAGAAGGGAAAUCACACUCAAUGUGAAAUCAAGAUUGGAAGAACCAGUGCAGAUGAUACCAUUGAUUAUCGCAUUCUCAUCUGUAGCAGCAGUAGUGGUACCUGCAGUUGCAAUUUUGAUCUACGUGUCAAGACAAGCAAAGGUCAAUGGAUCCUACAGUCUUGUAAAAGCACUCAGGUUGAAAGUCUGAUUAUGUUAAUAUAAGUCUUUAGUUGAUAAUAAGCACAUUUAUUUAUUGCUGUGACUGGUUCUACUCUUCUGUAACAUAUGGUAACAAACAAAUGACUUAAGAACAGCACCAUGUGAUAACAAAUGGGCUUAUUUUCAUGUUUUGAUAAGUGAUUUGGUAUUUAAAUUAAAGGAAGAGCUAGAAUCCUGACCUAGAAAUUGGUAAAUCACUUCUGUGUUGAAGCAUUCUGAACAAAGAGCUCUGUGGAGAACUAGGUUUGUACAUAGUGUAUAAUUUGUGUUAUAAAUAUGUUCAACUAGAUAUCAGUUUGUGAAACUGAAGUCUCAUUGCAACUGUACAGAAAAAAAUUGUUAAUUCAGAGAUAUAAAUCAAUAUUGCUUGAGCUGAUCAGGUGAUUGGCUUUUUCAUAAAAAAUCAAUGAUUUUAUUUUGUAUUACUCUGCAGCAUGAAUGUUUUUUAUAUAAUUUGUCUGGUUGUGGUAAUGUUUGGAAAAUGUUCUCUUUUCACUGAUAUUGCCAUAAACUCUGUACCUCCAAUGAAGUUACACAAUUGCUGGGCUAUGCAUUUCUAACAAAUUUAAACUAAUUUAAGCCUUUGAGACUCAUUUGGGAAACAUUUUAUUUUAAAUAUUAUUCAAAAAAAUGUCUGGGGUUAUAAUCUAGUAAAUUCUAGGACUGCUAAGAUAUUCUUGCUGGUUUCAAUCAUUCUCAGAUCAAUGUCAGAAUUCUGUUAUUUUGUGAUGAGCCAAAUCAGACCCUUCUUGUAAAAUAUAAGUGGAUUGUAAAUAUGCUUUACAGAUUUCCACUGCAAAAUAAAACUACCAGUAGAUUUCAUUGACUAAA